AUGCUCUUGUCUAAACUAGAAUCAGUCUUGGUUGUUGCUCUUGUCAUACAUAUUAUUGGAGCAGUCUAUGGUUCUAGUGCUGAGUCAGACCAUCUUGCAUUACUGGAAUUCAAAUCAAAGAUUACACUUGACCCUCAAGGUGCUUUGACAUCUUGGAAUGAUUCCCUUCCUUUUUGCCAGUGGAGAGGAGUGACAUGUGGUCGCCGCCACCGAAGAGUCACAGUGUUGGAUCUACAAGACUUGGGUUUAGUAGGUUCUUUAUCUCCUUAUCUUGGUAACAUGAGCUUCCUCGGUAACAUUACCCUUGACAACAACAACCUUCAUGGAAGUAUCCCUCAUGAGAUAGGUCAAUUACACCGAUUACAGGUAUUAUCCCUUCCCAAGAAUUUGUUCACCGGGGAAAUCCCAGCCAACAUGUCAAGUUGGCCAAAACUGUCACUCUUUAACUUAAAGGAUAAUAACCUAUCUGGGAAAAUUCCAAAUGAUUUUAGUUCUAAGUCACUAAUAACUGUCAUAGCCUUAUCCAACAAUGACCUCACUGGUGGUAUUCCACCAUCCAUAGGCAAUCUCACAUCUCUUGAAAUACUCGCUCUACAAGGUUGUCAGCUAGGAGGGAUCAUUCCUAGUUCCUUCAAUCAAUUGAAAACUUGCGAAAAAUAG